AUGUCAACUCCACCAUCCGAUGCUCUACUUAUUGCUUAUUUGAACAAUGUGCUUGCACAAAUAAAUUUCUAUUUUGGAAUGUUCAUAUUUACUUUUGGUAUUGCUGGUAAUAUUCUGAAUAUUCUGAUCUUAUCCCAACGACCGCUUCGCACAAACUCAUGUGCAAUCAUUUUUUUUGGAUCAUCAACUGCUGGCAUUAUUGCAAUUGUAUCUGGUCUUGUUUCUCGAGUAUUGUCUGGUGUAACAACUGAUUUAUCAGCAACAGUUAAUUGGAUUUGUAGACUCCGUGGCUUUAUUAUAUUCUCAUCACGAGCAGUUACAUUUUGGUUGAUUAUGUUCGCAAGUGUUGAUCGAUGGCUUCUAUCAUCUACGAAUGCUCUUCGUCGACAACUGAGUUCAAUGAAAAAUUCUCUUAGAGGCAUAGGUAUCAUUACAAUCAUAUCAAUUAUUAUACAUUCGCAACUUUUCUAUUGCUAUGAAGCUAAUCUUGUUGAUACGCCAUUACAAUGUUUUACAAAAAAUAUUCCAUGUCGACUAAUGAAUGAUUUAACAUUUGCAAUAAUUACUAUUCUAAUUCCUUUGAUAUUUAUUAUACUGUUUGGCUUGAUGACUAUAUCUAAUAUGCGACUAACUCGAAUUCGUGUUGAACCUACAGCUGUAGCUAUUGCAAAUGUGGCUACCCAGAAGAUUUCCACUCGAAAGAGUUCAAAGAAAAUAGAUCACCGUUUAUUUAGAAUGCUUUUUGUUCAAUCAGUCUGUUUAGGUUUAUUUACUUUACCACUUGCAAUUGAAAAACUUUAUGCAACAUUAACAAUGGAUAUGCAAAAAUCUGCAUUGCAAACGACGAUUGAAAAUUUUAUCUAUCAAGUUGCACUGAUUAACACGUUUUUUGCAGUCGGAAUGCCAUUUUAUGUUAAUAUUCUUGCUGGUGGAAGCAUAUAUAGAAAUGGUUUAUUCUCUCUCAAAAACAAAAUCGUUCGCAAACUAAUGUGCACUCAGCGUUUGCCUCAAAAUACGCAAUAA